CCCCUUCUUUCCGGCGGCACAACUUUCGCUCGGCGGCUGUUCCUCUGCCGCCGGUGUGCCGACGCGAAGAGCUCUGCGCCGCCGAUCAAGAGUCGCCGGGCCGACCCCGAAGAGAGGCACACUCGCUGCCAUGUGGCCGCCCGGGCUGCCGCUGCGGCCCAGCUGCUCGUAGCAGGCGCAGCACUUCUCCGUAGUCAUGAGUGUGGGAACCCAGGCGCUGCCACCGCUCUGCCGCCAUGCAGUUGUGGAUAUGUCCGCCCACCAGGUUCGAGGGCUGUGAGGACGGCCCUUGCGACGCUGUUGCCGAGAAGACCAGGUUGAUCGGAUUUCAUCGAAAUUUAUCUGCUGAUGGCUUUGUACUGUUGAACUCGAGGUUGCGAGCGCUCCUAUGGAGGCGGAAUACAAAAACGGUCGUGCACGGAUAUUUGGGUGCACGUUACAGAGCUCCAUGUGGUCAAAACUAAUCCGGAGCCCUCCAGUGAGCACAGCUGCGAACAGCAUGGAGCAGCCUCCCAUGCUGUCCCCGGCCGGGGAUGAGCCGUGUAAGCAGCAGCAGGACGAGAUGCAGCAAGCGCCUCCGCCGGUUCCAACUGUCCAGCAGCAGCGGCGGCCGUCCUCGCAGCCGUCAAACGGCCAGGCGAACGGCAAUGGCGACAUGUGUCGCAUCUGUCACUGCGAGGCGGAUGCGGAGAACCCGCUCAUCUCGCCUUGCUACUGCUCAGGCAGCCUACGCUACGUGCAUCAGGCUUGCCUUCAGCAGUGGAUCAAGUCCUCAGACACCCGGUGCUGCGAGCUGUGCAAGUUCGACUUCAUCAUGCACACAAAGAUUAAGCCUUUCCGAAAGUGGGAAAAGCUGGAGAUGUCUUCGGUGGAGCAGCGCAAGGUGCUGUGCUCCAUCACAUUCCACGUUGUGGCCAUCACAUGCGUGGUAUGGUCGCUGUACGUGCUCAUCGACCGGACGGCAGAGGAAAUGCGCGAGGGCAACCUGGACUGGCCCUUCUGGACCAAGCUCAUCGUGGUCGCCAUCGGAUUCACCGGGGGCCUCGUCUUCAUGUACGUCCAGUGCAAGAUGUACGUGCAGCUAUUUCGCCGCUGGAGAGCCUUCAACAGGGUCAUCUACGUCCAAGACGCGCCCGUGCCGGACAAGGGUGCUGCGCUGCCUACGGCCGCCGACCUGUCGCCGCCGGUCACGGUCCAGGGCACAACUUCCUCCAAGCGACCGCCGCCCGCCAACGCCUGUGCGCCGCUUCACGACGGCCCCACCGAGAUCACCGUGGCCAAGGACUCCAGCCCUGACACUCCCGGGCCUGACGAGCCUCGCGCCGCUAGUUGAGCGCUGCUCGCCGCUGGUCUCCUUGUUGUGAUAAACUCUGGCGCUCCGUGUACAUAGCAGUGUGCGUGUGUGUGUAUAUAUAUAUAGGUAAUGGCGGUGCCCCUCCCGCCCGGACAAACAACGGGACCUGGCGUGGUCCACGAGCGGUGUGGCUGCUUCUGCGUAGUUGUCUCGGUGCUCGUUCAGAUGACUUCGUGGCCACCGUUGAGGCCGGGAGCAUGUAAUUUUCGGUUUGUUCCAGUCGUGUGCACUCUUCGUUUUUGUUGUAGAUGGUUGUUCGCUCCUCUCUGACGCUGGUGUUAAGUACCUCUCUGAUUAGAUAUCGACUUUUAUCAUAUUUUCAGAGAACGUCUGCAUUUGUCCCAAUUUCGUGUCAGCUAGUCUUGGGCCAUACUCCGCCGCAGAUAUUCUCAGCCGCGUCGCAAAACAAUAGGCUAGGGAAACAAAAAGAAAGCCUAUAGUUUUGCGAUAGAUAUUUGUUUUUGUGGGGUGAAUUGUCUGCGCUAAGGCAAGGUGUGAGCCAUAGCUGGUGCUUUCAGCAACUAUGGAUACGCACAAGCUUGCUGCUUGGCUACAGUCAUCACUUCUUUGGACUGGUUGGCAACCUUUCGGCAUGUCUCCAGGGACAAAACUACUUCAGAGUUUUUUUUUUUUUUUCACAUACUAAAUGCUUACAGGUUAUCUAAUCCUAGUUGCCUGACUGCAUUGGACACCAAGGGUGUUGAAGCUAACGUUACAGCUGUUUGAAGUCAGCCGCGAUAGACAAAGGCUUUUUUUUUUUUUCUGAGUGUACAGACAUUUGAACCAGACUUCGUAUUAUUGUCACUGAUUUACUUCUCGCGUCGUUGCAAAUUGCUGUUGAUAUAGGUGCUAUGAGCUUUGGAACGUUAUUAUUUCAAUUGGUACAAUUCCCAAAGGUUAUCGUCGCUCUAGUUGAGCCUGCGAGCUUUUUGUUUUUCUUUUUCAUACGCAUUCAAAUCUGUUCAUAAAACUGAAAAAAAAGUAUUUUCUUUAUCUCCCUUUCGCAUGUCUGCCACUGUGAUCUGCAUGCCACAUUUUCGUUUUAUUUUCUUUUGUCUGACCUCUGCAGGCAGGUUUUUCUUCGUUUAGAAUAACUGGAGCCAUAUAACAUAAGCCAGCAAUCAAAAUGCAAAGCACCCGGGCUUGCCGUGAAGACAAGCGGCAAGGGUGCCAAGUGCUGUUGGAAAGCGUAGGGAUUUUCCUACUCCCACCCAUUUCCACCGCGCUUAUUAAUUGUAAUAUGUGUUCAGUUUUCGGUUCCUGCUCGCUUCGACAACGCCUGACCUCCGUUCCAGUCGCCGUAAAGUUCUCCAUUCUUUAAACGCGUAUUUCGUCCUCUCGGAGCAGUUCAGUUUGGGAGAGUACCAUCAUCUCAUAAUGCAAUCAGAGGCUGAUGUCUCAUAAUCACUUCAUAAGGGCCAAUUUCUUCCUAGCUUACCGUCGCACGCGUACGCUUAUUUUCUAUAAUAUUUCGAAGCAUGUGUCGAUCUGAGCUUUUAGAUACACACAAAAAAGUAGUAGUCAUUGAAUACAGUGAGUGCACAGAAAGAGGUCGUGUCUGAGCUAGCCGGUUGUGUGUCUCGGUUGUGUGAUCGACCGAAUCGGCGUUCACGCAGCCAUGUGGCGCGUCUUGACCUUGUUUUCUUUUCUGCACGCUUUCGGGCUGUUCUCGGAUUUGCAGGUAAGCGCACGGGCUUCCCGGCGUGCCCUUUUUGCUGUUACCAGAGUGUUCAGGAAAUUCACUCGCGCUUAAGUCAUCACACAUUCUGUGCUUAGUAGCGCACUGUUCUGCAAGCGCUAUUAGAAUGAUAGUCCAAUGUCAAGAGGUUGACUAAACUUUCCCGCAAGGAAGAGGUGUACAAGAGAUGUUGAAACGUAAGACUGCGGUGGUAGACACGGCGCAGGUGUAGGCAGAGCGUGAUUUCCACAUAGUGGUACUAAUAUUAGCGCACAGUGAGUAGAUUUUUUUUUUUUUUUUUGCACCCAACGACCGGAGAUGAACUGCGGCGUACCACUGGUGCAGGGUGGAAACGUACAAAGAUGUGGGCUCGUAAAGGUACGGGCUCCUAUUGCGCUACAUCGGUGCAGACUUUUUUCAUGGCCCUAUUCUUGGGCUGGGUAUGGGCAAUCGAACAGCGUGGCUGAAGUGCCAACAGUGCUCAAGUGAAAUGUUAUCACUUUCCUGUGCUUUGCCAGUUUGCACACGUGCAAGCUGACACGAGCGACGUGUAAAGUGAGGACUGUAGUGUGCAGUUGCGGGUUUUAUCCCUUCUUUACGAUUAUUUGUGGGUCUCACUGUACCUGGAGUAUUGUGUGAACGCAGAGAGAAAACUUGCCGUGCAUUUUUUUUUCUUCAAGCAAAAGAAAAUGAGAAACGCUGGCACUGCCGCCUUUUCAGUUUCUCUCGGCGCAUUUCGUCAGAUUGACAUUCUUAUAGUUCAACACAGCGGCCGCUUCGCUGUGAGGAUGGCUGGCGUACGUCAUCGAGACUAAAAUACCACUAACACAGUUACGCAAUUUGAAUUGGGACUAACUAGCCACUCUUCUUAACUUGUAAGAUACCAGUGCAAUUGUUGCUGAUACUAUCUCCUUUCUGCUACACAGUUGCCUUUUUUGCAUUUGUUCAGGCGAUAACGCAGGCCUAUCGCCAACAGUAACGGCAGCGCAUUAGCGCCCCAACACAUGUUCCAGUUUCUAAACCUUGGUCAUGGAAUUUUCCAUUCCCGACCAUAAUACAAACUGUGAGAGCGUUAGUUAUUUCUCGUUGCUGCCAGCAUAAGUGAUAUUCAGCACAGCGCUGUUUACGGUUGCAGAGUAACCCUGAAGCAAGGUGCGCAUUUUCAACUCAAGAAAUAGCGAGUUAGAGGCGGAAGUAUACAUAGUUGCCAAAUAGUUACGGCGAAAGCAAAUCUAAGCAACACAGUUGCGUGCAUGCACGAUGCAGAUGUGACUUACGCAGCUGUGGUGUUUAUGGACACCUUUCGUGUAGUGCGUGUAAGGUAUUAAAAACUGAGAAUAGGUGUCUUUUUGCGUAUGCAAGCGAAGUUCGAACCAAGGCGAUACACACCGUUAUGAUUCCCUCAGUACAGGUUGCGCGAGCUCUUAGGAAAUGAUUGAUCGCAGUCCGCUGUCUUUCACUUUCCGGCCUUCUCCUUGCGAAGCCAUACAGUAAAGAGUGUUCAAAAUUCUUCGCAACGACGAAGAAAAGGCGUCUAGAUGUGUGCAGCGCUUAAAGCAAGGUGCGUGUGUAAACGAGCAGCUUGUCUUUUGUUUGUGUUAAAGGAAUGCACCUCUGCCUCCACUAAAAGUUUGUUUCUCAGAAGACGGCGAAUAGCGAUUCGGGCCACUUCUCCGUUCUGAGCGGGGUAGCGAUGCAUUAGUAUCGCUACGUGAAGGUAUCUGGUCUAAGGCUGCUGUGUAGUCGUGGCCUGUGAACUGAGAAUCCACAGCACGUCGUUACAGCCAAGUGCAGUGGACACAUUUAGGGAGGAAACAGGAACAGUGAUUCAGGAAACGGGAUACUGCGAAAGCCAAGAGCAAGCAGGGUUUACAAAGCAUGUUAAGCUUUCCGGAUAUUCGUGCGGCUUUAGCACACUGUGUACUCUUUAUUCGCAAAGUGAAUAUUCGCAAAAACGUGCUGCUCCGCUUGUAAAAGCGGUGCACAUCCCGGUCAGAUAGCCAUGGUAUUUCUACAAGCACAUGUCGUUAUCUCUCGCCUACCCUGUCAAGUAAAACGCUAACCGCGUUACAAACAAACGGCACAAGUUUCGCUGCUCAGGGGACCGUGAAUAUGCCAGUUCUCAUGUUUCGUUUUAUUGCUGCGGCUCGCGCAUCUGAGAGGAAAGUCUAUUCUCGUUGGUGUCGUAUUUUUACACUGCUGUACACCACCACCUUUGUUUAAUACAAGAAGUAUGUGUGUCACCAUUGAACUUCACUCGUACGUUGGUGCGUGCAGCACAAGGGUCGUACACUACAGUGUGAGAAGGCAACGUGUUUAACCCUCAUCUGUAUAACGCUUUUUUCGCAUUUCUGCUCAUCGGUUUCUGCUUCAGAACUCACUUCUAAAGUGCUCUGAGUCCGCCCUUUGAGCAGCACUUUCAGGCUGGAACCGUGUGCUUGUUUCUCAGGAGGUUUGGCGCCCGUGGCAACGCUUUGGAGCUUCUCUUGCGUGGAGCUGGGUGCGGAGAGCGCCUUCAACUUCGUAUGGUGUGCCGGGAUUGGGCAAUCUUGUUGUGCCGUGAACGGCCACAGCUUGAUAGUGUGUGUGCCGAAAAUCGUUUGUGCCAAAUGUGAGACGACUUUCCUGUUUGUGAAAGCUAGCUGUCGGCAACUUUAGCCAGUGCUUGAGUGCGCAGGCUAGAAAUCAGAGGCCACGUGCAGCUGUUUGUUAAACUCUGGUGACGAGCCUGCGCUUUCUAUUCAACAGGUAGCCUCUGAAAAAGCUCGCUGUUUUAUUGUAGAGAGUGUCUUGUUUUUCCUUUCUUUCUUUCUUUUUUUAAGAUAGAAGUGAACCUUUCAGCUCCUUCUGUACGUGUGUACAUGUGGAAUGGACCCGCUGGACAGUUUCUGUAAAUAAACAGUGUCAACGUUUCUUAUUGUGCGGCAUAAGAGCGCGCUCGGUACACACGCACGCCAUAUGUUCACACGCGCGCCGACCCACGGGACAUGCAGCGAGCCUCACCGCCAGGGUCAAGGCACGUUCACAUUGGCGAGUCGCAGAGAUCGCGCGACCGACUUCAAAGUGAUGGCCGCGAAUAGUCGCGGUGGUUGAAAGACGAUCUACUUCGAGUCGGCCACUCGCUGCUCGAUUUUCCGUUAUGAGACUGUAAUCGCAAAGUUAUUGAGUCAGCGUGCGCACGCCGGAAAAGGACGUCGGCUUAUGUCAUUUGGACAAUUAUUUUACGUGCUGCGAGCCAAUGUACUUGGUGCGCUGCCACAACCACGUUCUUUCUUUUUCUGCUUUUUUUUUUCAGUGGCGGCACUGCAAGUGAUGAGGCCGUCGCAGCAGAUCGCACUCGAUUGGCAGUACGAUUACCAUAAAUAUAUGCGAAGAGAGCCCGAGAAUAAAUUAGUGAAAAGCAGCGCGAGGCAAGCACAUGCGUGAUAGCAGACUCUCUCUAGUCUGGCUUGAAUAAUAUUGCGCUGCAUUGUAGAAAUUUCUCGUAAACUAAAGUACGCAAGCAGGGAGUCUCUAUAGGCUCUCUGCCUGCGCCUCUCGUUUACGAACUAUUUCUUUAUAUCGGUGAUCUUUAAUUGUUGUUUUUUUUUUGUACUCUUUAAUCAGAAGGACGAAAACUCGUUCGAUGCGAAAGCAAACGUGAAAGGGAGAUGAAAUGUGGCUAAAAGGUCGCGCUUGCCGGUGUGAACGUUGGUCGCCGCAAAUAGCAGUAUAUAUAAGCGAUUUGGCGAAAAAAAAAAAAUAUUGUCAGAGUUCAGCAUAAGGACUAAAGCAAAACAGCACAUCGUGGAACUCUAACCUCGAGUCGCUCCUUGCUCUCCAGCCACCAGCGUGAAUACACUUUUAGAUAGCAACCGUGCUUCACAAAGAGCGCGCUGUUUGCGUUUCGCGGCUUUCGUUUCCCUUGGCCACGGGAGUGCGCGCCAAGUCUCUGGCCGCCUCGCUUUAUUUGGGUUGCUGCGGUUUUUGCCAGUCAGCCACGUGUAUCUCCCUCUAUUUGCUCCAUCUGCGUCUGCUUUACAGCUGUAUCAUGCCCAAAUAUGCCUAUUUAUUUACCAGUGUUUCUAGCUUCAUCCGGUGACCUUGCACUAAAAGGAGCAGACUUGAGAUGUGCGCAAGUGCCAUUCCUCACAUGCUGGUCGCUUCCAGGAAUGAACGCAAAUUUCUGGACAUUUGUUAUUGUUGGCUCCGUUUUGAAAAAAGCGAACAAGUGCCUUUUUGGUUCGUUUUUGGACUGUUGUUAUGUUUCUGGAGUGGCAAACACGUUGCACACCUGUACGCAAACACAAACACACAGCUGUGUUGAGCGCGUUCGGCUUGAAACACUCGUUUGAAAAAUAGAUUCAAAUUAAAUUCAGUUCAAAAGCCUGA